UGGUAUUAUGGAUAUAAAUGUAGUGCUUCAAGAGUUCGUGGUAUUUUCCCUGUUGCUUGCACUGAAAAGCCUGUCGAUACGGAUUUGCCGGAGCUUCACGCCGAAAUCAUGUCGCUACUGCCUUUCGCUCAGCAAAUGUUUAUGAGGCCAACGCGGGACCUCUACAACGUCACAAUUGAGCUUGGACGCUUCCCUCCUAGUUCACUUACGUUAUAUUUGGCUUCCCAGUCUAUGCGAUUUCCUGAUCCAGUAUCAACGAACAAUGGAUCUGACCAGGACUCGCAUUUAAUUAAUGUGCACAGUAACCUCAUUGAUUUCUUGAGGGGGAAUGACGAUGGAUCGGUUUUGAAUACGCUCUCAUGUUCAGUGCCUCAUUUUGGCGAUUUUUGUCGUAUUUCUGAGAACGCGUUUAUCGAUGGUAGUCAACCCAAACCAAAGUCAUCAGUCAUAUUUUCUGUACAUGCAUACUUUCUUUUGGAAAAUUUUAGUUCCACUGAAUCAUGUCAUUCUGAUGUCGUGAGUAGGCUAGCAGCCGAGACCCGUAGUUCCGUUUUAGAAAUGUUGCCUUCAGCAAAUAUGCCUAAGCCAAAUGAAGGUGCAGCUAUGGGCUCCGUCCUUCCUCCUACUUAUCCGACAUCGCAAACGAACAUCCAGAGUCUUGACACCACUGAAGCUCUUGAGAUUGAAAUUAAGGAUGUUAAAACAUUGGCCCUACAACCGUACCACCUCAUUCGUCGAGAAUUUCCGGACUGCGUCAUUGCCCGUCCUUAUGGAAUUGACGAAGGCAAUUUCUGCAGGUCGGAGACAAUUCGCAACGACUUUUUUGUGACUCUAAAGUCUGCCAGUUUUGAUAAAACCACAGUAAGAAAGGAGUAUAACGUUGAGGUAGAAGUAAGCCUCCGAGACCCUCAUGGUCAACCUUUUCCGUGGAUCGAAAGUACAGGCGAUACUUUGUAUACCUCAAGUAUUUCUGCUUUCCGAAGCCAACCACGUUGGCACGAGCUCAUUCGCUUCGCCUUGCCCUGGUCGUUGUACCCGUCCAACGAGCAGUGCCCCACCAGUCGUCUUUCACGCUUGGUUGGCUUACUUGACGGUGAUACUUCAGCCACUGAAGGUUCAACCGAACCUUUCAUUUCAUCAACUUUUCCAAAGUCCUCUGAAGAGGCUACCUUCCUGCAUAGACUUCCAAUGACAUCUCACCUACGUUUCGUUGUGAGACAUCGGUCUACAAUCUCAGCCGUGGUUGGCGGAAGCCUCAACAGGUCCAGUCAACUUCGAUGGCUCCGUUCACCAAGUCCCUCUUCAUUUCAUCGCCAGGACGACAAGAAAACGUCUGACUCUGAACCACGGGAGAAAGUUCUUGGUGUGGCCUACUUGCCCCUGCGAUCACCCGAUGAGCAGACCCUUAUCAAAGACGGCGACUACUCCCUUUUCAUACACAAGGCAAGUGAGAUGGACGAGAAGGAAAUCAGCGAAUGCAAGUACUUGAAUGAGAAGUCCAUAGCCUUUGAAGGAAUCGGCAGCAUUAGCAGUUCUGGUAGUGUUGGAAACAAGGGAUCUGGUCUCUCAAAAAUCGAGAACAACUCCUCCCAUUCCUCAAUGGCUGCCAACAUUUUCACUUCAAUGGCAAGUGGCUUUUCUAAUCGGAUAGGCAAGCAACCGGAUAUGCUGAAUAUCAGCACACUACUCUGCAGCAAUCAAUACACAAAUGACGAGCACCUGGCGAAAAUUCUCUCCUGGAGGGAGAACGUUGACGACGUUGUCUUUUGCUUAAAGCGACUCAUAACGUAUGCCGACAAGGAGCAUGAGUUGAAAAAGUUCCGUAUCCAACUAAUUGAUUGUCUUCUUCAAAUCCUCUCCACGAACGAGACAGAAGAGGCCAGGAUGCACGUACAGGAGCUCCAUCGUUUCACGGUAGCGUUGUUGACCCGCGUCUACAAAGAUUUGAUCAACAAUGCGGCAGCGUCAGACCUCCUGGAGCGGUUCCUAGAGAGUCCUGUCUUCGACUAUUCAGGGCUGCACCUUCAUUACCUCAAGGUGUUCAUUGAACUGCUGUCGGCCAGUGCCCGCCCACGCGACACUUCAGCGACCGCCCUCACUGAGGGCGGGCUCAUCGAUGUUAACAAAAUCUGCACCACCUUUAAGUGGGCCUUCCGUAUUAUCUCCAAGUCUCGCGAACUGGAAAAGAAAACAUUGGCUGCCGAAGACCCCAGAAUGCUUGAAGAAACCGAAGACCGCUUCGUCCAAACCGUGGACACGUUCUUCGACACUGUCUUAGACGUGGCAGUCACGGGCAACGACCAACUUCUAAAAAGUCACAUCUUUAAGCACAUCUCGGAGACCAUUGACCCCCUGGCCCGUGUUUACCCCCAGCGCAGCCUAACGCACUACCUCGAGCGUCUAGUGCAGUGCACAAUGCAGUGUCCCAAUCUGCCCAACCACAACAUCCUCAGUGGUUGCCUCAGAUCCGUCCUCAUGGAGGAUGCAGACUUUCGGAAGGUCCUCCUUCCGCCAAUCAUCACAAAUUUGAAAAGGUUGUUCAGCACAAACCUCGAUUUGACGUUAGAGCCUUCUCGAUCUGAAACAAAUUCCAUGAUGACCUAUUUCUGUAAUAUCCUCACUCUCUUCAUGGAGCGUUUUGUGGAAACUGUGAAUGCCUCCGCAAAGGACGGUGUUGGUGGCUGCACUUCCACACACCCCGAGUUUCACGAUCACUUUGUCCAACAAGGCCUUCUGCGAUGGAUAAUGCAGCAAUACGGACGAGUUUUAAUCUCUCUUCAAAAGACAUCCUCUUCAACACCUAACUCUCGUCCUGCGUCAUCUGAAUUGAUGCCAAACACGGGACAAGUUCCACUCAGCACCCAGUCUCCCGCGAAGGCGCGUUUCCUGUAUUUACAAGCAGUUUUGGGCUGCCUUGCGAGUGUCUUCACGAGCAUUCUGCAACAACUUAAACCCGCCGACUGGGAGGCGCUUCUCACUCCGAAGCAGCAACCGCGCCUCAAUUGCGUUUGCGCCACCUGUGUGGGACUUGAACUCACCGACACCGUUGAUUUUUUGCACGAACUUUUCUUCAUCUUUCUACUCUCGCACUCGUGGCCUGCCUACCCUGGACUUCACGGCACUAACAGACCCUUCAAAUUCCACAACCCACCAACUCACUUGGUCAGUCCACUAGCGACGGAAGUGGGGGGAGAACAGCCCUGGGUUGAGAUGUUGGCUCUCCAGUCAACCGUGGAGUUGCGCACAAUGGAGGUCAUCUUUGAGGUCUGCUUGCGGCGCUUCUUCAUGUGCAAUGAUUCAUCUUCCUCUGGCAAACUCGAUGCUGGUCACCAAAAGUCGCGUCUUCUCAUCAAUUCCAUGCAGCGAUGCUUAGGUAGCUUUAUCACUCUUCAGCCUCAUCUGUGGCUUGAAGAACUUCCCACAAUCACGAUGGUUGCAACGGCACCGCGUCUACUCAGUGGCUGUCUUGGUGAUCUCCGAGUGUCAGCAGGCCGAUUGCUGGAACAGCUGUGGGAAUCCAUCGGUCGUGUUCAUCAAGCAAGCUAUUUGGAAUAUUUCAUCCCUACAGUCUUGAACAUGUCAACUGAACCCGUUACAGAACUGCGUAAGCUCUGCGUUAAUAUGCUAGUCGACAUGCUUCGUGUUAAUCCCCUUGCCGCGGAGCCCUUCCUUAUUAGGGAGGUUGACAGGAUAAUGAACUGGGCACUUCCUGAGUACGCUCUCGAGAUGCUGAGCCUUCUUGAGACCGAAAUGCCUGAAGGCGCAAUGGAUAGCAUCGGCCGACGACCCUCGAUUGGUUUGCAUAGAGGUGUGCCCGUGAAAGCCUCUUCCUCAAGUACUUCUGUUACCGCGGAGAAAUCGCGAAAUCGGAUCCUCGGUGACAUGAUUCGACAAAUCAAUUACCUUCGCGAGUACAGCGAAGUCAUUACCAGACGAUCGAAGCUAAGCGGAAUGCUGGCAAUAAAUAAUUUAAGGACCUAUUACGAAUCGAUCAAGCGGAAGGAUAUGACAAUUCGGUAUCUUUUCAAGCUCGAAGAAUUACACGAACAGUCUGAGAAUGAUGUUGAACGGGGCUAUACUCUUGAACGAAUUAGCGGACAGUACAAUUGGUCGUCUAACCCAGUAGACAUAAACGAGGUUUCUGCCCGGUACGCCAAUCUGGGAAGUGUCUCCUCCUCAACCCUGAAGGAAGCCCUUCUUUUGGACGCUCUCAAGUACCUGAAACUGGGUGGUGAUUGGAAACGAGCGAUCGAGGUUUGCGACCAGCUCAUCGUCUUCUACCGGGAUGUGACCGCCAACUUCACUAGCCUGAGUUCCAUUCUCAGCGAGCAGAGCCAACUGUACGCCAGUUUCAUCGGCGGAGAGGCCCCGAACCAGUGCUGCUACAAGUACUACGCCCUGCAUUUCUCAACUCGUCAAGGCACUCCUGGCUUCAUAGGGUCAACAGUCGUUUACCGGACGCUCAAUCAGCUGAACGAUGUAAAAAUGACCCUCUGCGAGCAGUUUCCAGAAUACCACAUAGAAACUAAUAAUCCGCGGCCACUGACCACGGUCACGACCGAAGUCACUGACGACGUUCCCACUAUUCGAUUGGUUGGCAAUCUUCAACCCGUCCCCGAGCUUCCUCCUAAUUGGGCUUCUGGUUCAGCGGCUGAAAAUCUCUCGACUAACAUUAAGGCGUAUUAUGAAUGGAAUCAGGUUCGGCAGUUUACUCGAACGUAUCAUUUCAAACCAUCGAAGAAUUCUGAUGGAAAGGAACUUCCUGUUGCCGAAGAAGUCCGAUAUACAAUCAGCGAAAAACUUCCCAAUAUAAUCUCAUUUAUGCCGGUUAAGGAGAUUGUCACUCGAACUCUGAGCAAGAUGGAAUUGGUUAUUAACUUGGUGCAGGAUGUGUCCCAGUCGCUUAGCACGAUGAUCGCGGAUAUCAACUCUAGUUCCUGUCCUCAGGCUUUAUUGUCGAAUUUCAUCGGGAAACUGAGCACGUCGAUCCAUUCACCUGUCAGCGGGGGCAUAACCGCGCUUCUGACCAGCAUGAAUCUUGUUGAUGAUUCCUUGGACGAGCGGCAGUUGGAACAGCUUUCAGAUGCGGUACUUCAACUUCUCGAUGUUCAAGCUGAAGGUCUUACUCUUUGUCGCAGUCUUGAGUCUUCCAUGGAACCGAGAGGGCCGAUCACGGACCUGUUACCUACCAUGGUGGAACAGUAUUACUCCCUCAUGCACGAAAUGAGCAUGAAACUCGGCAUUAGUGUCACACAAAUGCAGGAGCGGAUUCGGUUUGCGAACCCCGACCAUAGCCUACCCAAUGAUCGUCAUUCUAGUACGAGGUCUGUUAACCAAUUCCAACUCGGUAUCGACUUGGGUUUCCUUGAUGACCAUCAGUGGUUAGACUUGCCCACAAGCCCUACGCCUGAUCAACGCUCGAGAUCCGUCGUGUCGCUUCUGCCACAGACGCCUCCGCCGCUGCCAGAGCGUCCACCCGACCUUCCUCCGAUCAACGGGACGUUGGUUGCGCCUCCACAGGGACGAAAGCUCAGCAUCCAAGCGCGCCUUUCCAACACCUCCCGAAAACCGCUCUGCCCUUUGCCCCCUGAGCCAGAUCUUGCCUCCAAUCCCAAUCCCUCUGAUCUCACACCGCCUCCACUGCCGAAGAAGCCCCCAAAGCCUCCGCCUAGAUCAGCCAUGUGCCCGGUUCCCUAG